AUGGCAGACUCGGACGCAACUCGAAUCCGGCCGCUGUUCCGAUUCGGCCAUCCUCCUAGGAAACGUGUCGAGAUCGAGUCGCCCUCGCCACCACCCAAGACAGCACACAAAGAGGAAGAUAACUGCAUUAUAUGCUUGCAGGCUCUCGAAGACCGGACUUGCUCGCACUCCAGCGGCAGCACCAAUGUGGAGUUUCCGUGGGUUUUGGAGGAAGAGGAAUCUUGGAUGGGUGAUGAUAAUGAACUACUGGAUGAAGAUGCCCCCGCCAGGAUUGACUGGCGACAGUUCCAUGUUGAAGUCUUGCAGGAUGAGUGA